AUGCUCAUAUCACCAUCGCUGCUCGCAGCAGCCAUCACCAUCUCCACCUUCGUUACCGCAAGCUAUGCAAACCCCACGACAGCCUCACCAGACCAUCAUCACCAUCAAAAACAACAAAAACAACGCCAACGACACUCCGCCGAUACCUACGUCGGCUACUUCGGCACCUUCUUCCCCGUCCAAGACGAAGCCAUCUACGGCUGGCUCUCCAACGGCAACAACCCCCAUUCCUGGCGCCAAAUCAACGGUCCCGCAGGAAACGGCUCACUCCUCCGCUCCAACGUGAGCACGAAAGGCGUACGAGACUCACAUCUCGUUCGAAGCCGCGACGGCAGCAAAUUCUGGCUCAUCGCAACGGAUUUGAACGUGAAUUCUUUCAAUGAAGAUUUCGACGAAGCUACGCGCUUUGGAAGUCGUUCCAUGGUCGUUUGGGAAACUACUUCUCCCGAUGAUUUGGGUCAGUGGACGCCUGGUCGAUUGACGGAUCCUCUCGUGGGUGUUGACGCGGGGAAUGUCUGGGCUCCCGAGGCCGAGUGGGAUGAGUCGGUGGGGGCUUAUGUUGUAGUUUUUGCUUCGAGGUUUUGGGAUCCGGAGGAUGUGGAGCGGACUGGUCCGCAGCCGCCGAAUCAGUUGAUGUAUGUCCUUACACAGGAUUUUCAGACGUUUUCCGAGGCGCGCGUGUAUGAGUUUCAGGGUACGCCGGUGAUUGAUGCGACGUUUUAUCAUGCGAGUGAGGAGGAGGAAGAGGGGAAGGAGAUGAAUGUUUGGUAUCGAUGGAUUAAGGAGGAGGUGACUUAUACUAUCUAUCAAGAACGAUCCGAAACCGGCAUCCUAGGCCAAUUCUCCCGUGUCGGCGGAGCUCCCCUCGACGAAAGAAUCACUUUUGCUUCACAAUACGAAAACAAUGAAGGUCCUCUGAUUUUCCACGAUAACCGCCAUCGGGGCCUCUAUCACUUGUGGAUCGACGAGAAUACGCUGCAGUCGUACAUUCCCGCCACGGCGCGGACGUUGGACGACAUGCAAGCGUGGGAACCGCAGUCAUUGAAUGGGUUUCCGAAAGGUAUUAAACACGGAUCGGUGAUUCCUGUUACGCAGGCGCAAUAUGAUGCGCUAGAGGAGAGGUAUGACUUUGUUUAGGUCAAG